AUGACGGGCCACGCUGACCGUGGCAUCAGGCUCUUUCACUAUGAGGCUUCCCCGUACGCUCAAAAGAUUGUCUUGUACCUAGCUCUGCGUCAGCUGCCCUAUGCAGAAGUCAAACAGCCCAUGAUCAUGCCCCGACCGGACUUGGCUGCAAUUGGGGUCGCGUAUCGACGAAUCCCUGUUAUGGCAAUCGGAAGAGAUGUCUAUUGUGACACGCGAAUCAUACUGCGUAAGCUCGAAGAAUUUUUCCCCGAGGGCAAGCUAGGCACAUCAACACCCGAAACAAUCGCUAUUCAGAAGCUAUUGGAGAUCUGGCAUGUAGAGGGACCACUAUUCUCUCAUGGCGUGGGGUCGAUGCCAUCAUCACAUUUCAGCCAUCCAAAAUUUGUAAAAGACCGUGAACAACUGCUGGGAAAGCCAUUUGAUUUACAAGGACGCGAGUCAAGGCGGCCCGAGUCACACGCAUAUAUCCAGGGCGCUUUCGAAUUAUUCGAAGAUCUGCUUGCCGACGGUCGACAGUGGCUUGUUGGCACGCAACGGCCAUCGUGGACAGAUCUUGAGGCCGUUUUCAUGGUGUCUUGGCUCCUCAAUUCCAAGAAGGCUCUCCCGGAGGAUUUGUUCUCUCCAGCCAGAUACCCAAACACCCGAGCAUGGAUUUCCCGCUUCGACAAUGUCGUAGCGGUAUCCAAAGCCCAGGGACCCAGACCGAUCAAGCUAGAUGGCGCGACUUCAACCAAGGAAAUCUUGGCCUCUGACUAUGCCGAGCCAGCUCCUGGGAUACAGGAGUCGGAACCAUUGAAGUGGUUGAGCGUGGGAGACCAAGUCGAAGUCUUUCCCACCGAUAAUGGGAUGUUCAACAAGGACAAAGGGAGACUUGUAGGGUUGACCUAUAAUGAGAUUGUGAUUGAGUUGAACAACCAUGUUAGGGUGCAUUACCCAAGAGCUGGAUAUCGAGUUCGGGUAGUAGGCUCAAAUAUGUGA